CAUGACUUUGCUAGAUUCAGCACUCGUGUUACCUCGCCUAGCUUACGAUUGGCAUAAGCCGAUCGGCACUGACCCGGGACUCGUAUGUAAUGACCAUGACCUUGACCUUCCCCAACGCCUGUGUCUUACUACCCCAUGGACACCCUCACCACCUACGCCCUCCAAGCAGGCCUCACCGCCCUCCCGCCCCACCUCCCCACCCUCCUCGCCGCCCUCGCCUUCUUCACCUUCAUCCACCUCCUCGUCGCGCCUCUCGCCAGCCAUGCCUUCUUCCCCGACACCUACGGCAAGAUGGGACAAAGGGCGAGGAACAACUGGUGCAUACACAUCGUGUCCCAAGUGCACGUCACGAUGGUCAUCCCGCUCGCUCUGGGAUGUCUCAAUUUCGAGGCGCUGGACCGGGAUCGGGCGUUUGGGUGGGACGACAGGGUGGGGAGGCUGAUUGCUAUUUCUAGUGGGUAUUUCAUUUGGGACACCGUCGAUGCCAUCGUCAACUUUGUCGAUAUCGGUUUUGUCGUACACGGCCUGGCGUGUUUGGCCAUCUAUCUUGGGUCCUUCAAACCGUUCUUGGCGUACUACGCCGCGCGGUGUCUUCUCUGGGAAGCGAGCACCUUCUUCCUCAACAUCCACUGGUUCCUCGACAAGACGAAACGUACCGGGAGCAACUUUCAGCUCAUCAAUGGCAUGUUCCUCCUCGUGACCUUUUUCGCCGUGAGGCUCGUGUAUGGAGGGAUGUCUGUCUCAUACCAAUUCGCGCAUACACUAUACCAAGUCCGGCAUCAAGUGCCGCUCGCCUAUAUCUUCAUCUAUGGAGGAGGAAAUGUCGUGUUACAGAGUCUCAACUGGCUGUGGUUCGGGAAGAUGAUUGCGGCUGUUCGGAAGCGAUUCUCUGACGACGCAGUCAAGAAUAUUAGUAAUGGGACUUCGCCAAAGUAGAACGGACGUUUGAGGAUACUCAGCACACACUACUAUGCAAUAAAGAUAUUUAUUUCCCCG